AUGAGCAAAGCUGAUCACGCCGCUACAGCGUAUCGAGACGACAUCAUAGGCGGCUACCCGGUGCCGCUCACUGCCGCUGCUCUUAGGGCAGCGGCGAAGAGCAAGAGGAACAACUCAAACGAUAGUAGCGGAAUUUGUGUCGAGAACGAAUAUCGGCAGCCCGCCUCCCCUUCGGUGAGGGCAGAUGCUGCCAUUGGACCGAGAUUGAACAUCAGACACAAUCAGCAACGGCCUGGGCUGAGUAUUCGUCGUUUCGGCCGUUCUGACUUUGAACGGUUCAAUGAAGAAGCUGCUAAUCCAGCGGGCAUCGUCUAUAUCGACAUAUCUUUUAAGCAGCCCCCGGAACACAUGCUCAGCAACGCCAACGUUCUCAUCACACUGAGCGAAGACGCGCCUCCUGCCCACGGUAGAUUUGGUCGCAGGAGACCCAUCCGGACAUCAUUGGAUUCGGAACACGCCGUGCAGGUUACCGAGUACUUCGGGCCUCAUGCUAUCCACGGCCCUCAAGGUAAGAGCCUCGCAACCAACGAGAGGGCAUUCCAACCCACCAUAGGGGCUGGCGGUAUGGUUGAAAUUGGUGGGAUGGGAACUCGCCAAAGCGUCACUCGUCAAUACAUUGACAGCUGGACUUUCAAAGGAACACAGAAACGAGCCAAGGACGGCAUAGGUCUACGGUGUCUCGAAUGGGAGCUGACAGAGAAUGACACCGAGAAGAAGCCGUCAGUUGAUAUGUGCGUCGAGAUCGAGGGACGCCUCAAGAGCAAGGCCAAGCAAGGGAAUCAACGGCUCUUGAGAUCCCGCUCGAGAUCCAGCGACAAAGAUAACGUCAUGGUCACUCGAAUCGAUCUGUCAACGGCAAUAAACGACUUCCAGCACAAGCUCGACCAAUUAGCGUUUGGUCUCAAUAUAGACAUGCAGAGGACUAAUCUUGAGGCGAUCCCCGUAGAGAUGCUGGUACCUACUCAGGCUACAUUUAAGCCAGUGGCUUGGAACGCAAUACCGUAUGCAGACGAGGCCAUUUUGAACAGUCUUUUGGAAGCUCCGGAUGAGGGUACCAACGAGUUGAAAGAGUUUCUGCUACAGGAAACUACACAGCCGCCGGCUUCCAAAAUUUCUCAGCCGGUAUAUAGCGGCAACUCAUCAAGCGGCGAUGGGACCCUCGUCAACUACAGUGGCCGCACUAUUUCAGGCGGAUCAACCGCUCCAAAACAUAUAGCUUGGCGAGUUCCAGAGGUUAUGAUCCUGGCCCUGGUCAGAUGGUUGAUGUUGACGUUGAAGGCAGUUGGGGCAGAGGACGUCUACCUCGCUGGCAUACUCGUCUCUACAGAUGAUGGUGUCAAGACGACCGCGGAUCGGGACAUCACGAUCGACCGUGUGGAAUCGGAAAUACGAAGCAGGAGCGGCUCACGCAUGGAGUCAGUUCCAAACGGGAGAUUGCUGGACGCAGCAGCGACUCAAAGCGUUUCUGCGGGGCUUCUAGUCCCUGAACCGUAUGGCAGUCGCUUUCAAAGCCGCCAGAGGAGGCUGGGCCAUGGUCGAGUUUCGGGUCAGAAUGGCGCCAGUAUGGAACUCUGA